AGUGUGUUUCUUCGAGGAGCUAAGACCAUUAAACCGAUGAUUCGCUGUGUAAGACUGUUCUCCACGACCGUUUCCAGGCCGUCAGAGUACUCGCACGCUGUGAUUGGUGGAGGAGCCGUGGGACUGGCGAUUGCCUCUGAGCUGAGCAAGCGCCAGGACAACCGUGUGAUUCUGAUAGAGAAGAACAAAGACGUUGGCCAGGAGACGUCCUCUAGAAACUCAGAGGUGAUCCACGCCGGGCUGUACUACCCUGUGGGCUCGCUGAAGACCAAGCUGUGUGUCGAGGGCAAGCAAUUGAUCUACUCUGAGGCGAAGAGAGCCGGUGUUGAGAUGCAGAAGUGCGGGAAGUGGAUUGUUGCGCAGACUGACGUUGAAGAUGCCUUUAUAGAGAGCAUGCACUACAAGGCCAAGGAGCUGGGGAUCAAGACCGAGUUGAUAUCUACGUUGAAGGCGAAGUACAUCGAGCCGGCUGUUGAUGUCCGUCGAGGCGUGCUGAGCUCGCCAACGUCGGGCAUCGUCAGUGCGCACUCGCUGAUGCUCUUCUACCAGACCACGUUUGAGAAUAACGGUGGUGAGAUUGCCGUGGGCUCCAAGGUGACUGGGCUGGAAAGGGUACACGGUGGCUAUAAGAUCUCCGUCGACUCGUUAGACGGCGAGCACGUUGAUAUCGAGGUGGAUAACGUUAUAAACUCUGCCGGUUUAUACGCCAACCAGGUCUCCAACAUGCUGUUGCCAGAGGACCGUCAUGUCAAGUACUGGUACGCCAAAGGUAACUACUUCAACUUCAACAAUUCCUUCCCUGAGGUGAGAAGGUUGGUGUACCCGGUGCCUACAAAGGGACUACAGGGUUUAGGCACCCAUCUGACCAUUGGAUUAGAAGGACAGAUUAAAUUUGGCCCUGAUGUUGAGUGGAUUGACGACCCUACCGACUUGAAGCCAAAUGACCACAACAAGAAGGCAGCACACGAAGCUAUUCUCAGAUACCUGCCACACGUCAUGUACGAGGACCUGGAGACAAGUUACUGCGGCAUUAGACCUAAACUUGCCGGUCCUGACUCCAAGGAGUUUCAAGAUUUCAUCAUCAGAGAAGAGGAAGGGUUCCCUGGGUUCAUCAACCUCUUGGGAAUAGAAAGCCCUGGACUAACAGCAUCGUUUGCCAUUGGCAAACACGUUGCACAGAUGUGUUAACCAACUUUGGGUAGAUUCGAAGGCUCCGUGGGAGCAGGAUUCUCCAAAAAGUAUUCGCUCAAGAGACAUUUCGAAGAGUUCCAUCUUUUCCUUGGGUUUAAGCUUAACAUACCGUUCAUCAGGUCCAGUGCGGACUCAGUAGCAGCGAUGAAUCGCUUCCGUAGCUCUUGCUUUGUAGGCUGUGGAUAAACAGUCAAGUUGUUAUAGCCAGGAAGGGUCGAUACAAGCUCCCACAUCGAGUCAGUUGGAGUGCCCAGGGCCCUGAAGGUUACAUCAAUCUGAUCAAUAUCAUCAGCUCCCGGGAGGUAUGGAACACGAAGCAUCAACUCCGCAAAGAUAAUCCCCACUGCCCAGAUAUCCACACCACCGUCGUAGUGCUUCGCACCGAGCAGAAGCUCUGGAGCCCUAUACCAACGAGUGACAACAUUCGACGUGAACUCCUCGUUUGGUGAGCCCAACGACCUCGCAAGACCAAAA